AUGACCGUCUCCUACACACUGAAAGUUGCCAACUCCCGCUUUGGAGGUUUCUCCAAGCUGCUCUUCCGCUGGAAGGGCAGCAUCUACAAGCUGCUGUACAAGGAGUUCAUCGUCUUCGCGGUGCUGUACACCAUGCUCAGCAUCAUCUACCGGCAGCUGCUGACCAAGGAGCAGAAGCGCCUCUAUACCAAAGUGGCUCAAUAUUGCAAUCGCUCCACAGACCUCAUCCCCAUGUCUUUUGUCCUAGGUUUUUAUGUGACCCUGGUCGUGAACCGGUGGUGGGCCCAGUACACCAGCAUCCCCCUGCCCGACCAGCUCAUGUGCGUCAUCUCCAGCAACGUCCAUGGCAAGGACGAGAGGGGCCGGAUCCUGCGGCGUACCCUCAUCCGCUAUGCCAACCUGUCAGCAGUGCUCAUCCUGCGCUCCGUCAGCACCAGGGUGCUCAAGCGCUUCCCCACCAUGGACCACGUGGUGGAAGCGGGUUUCAUGACACAGGAUGAGCACAAGAAGUUCGAGAGCCUCCACUCCGACUUCAACAAGUACUGGAUCCCCUGCGUGUGGUUCACCAAUCUGGCUGCCCAGGCCAGGCAGGAUGGCCACAUCCGUGAUGAUGUGGCCCUCCGCCUGCUCAUGGAUGAGCUGAAUCUCUACCGGGCCAAGUGCAGCAUGUUGUUCCAUUACGACUGGAUCAGCAUCCCCUUGGUGUACACACAGGUGGUCACCAUCGCUGUCUACUCCUUCUUUGCCUUCUGCCUCAUCGGGCGGCAGUUCCUGGAGCCACUAGAGCCAGGGCAGGAGGGGGACCUGGACAUGUACAUCCCUCUCUCCACCCUCCUCCAAUUCUUCUUCUAUGCUGGCUGGCUGAAGGUUGCAGAGCAGAUCAUUAACCCCUUUGGAGAAGAUGAUGAUGACUUUGAGACCAACAAGCUGAUAGACAGGAAUCUGCAGGUGUCCCUGCUCUCGGUGGAUGACAUGUACCAGAACCUGCCCCCGGCCGUGAAGGACAAAUACUGGAACGAAUCCACAGCUCAGCCCCCCUACACAACAGCCACAGCCGCUGAAACCUUGAAGCCCUCAUUCCUGGGCUCCACCUUCGACAUGCGCAUGUGUGAGGGCACAGAGCAGAGCCAGCCCAUGGAGGCCUUGCUGGCUGUGCCGUGCAUCCAGACACCUCUCCUCAGCCGCUUCUUCACUGCUGCAUCCCCUGCCAUCAGCAUCAAACACUUGGGCCGGGGCCCCCGAGUUCACCCCCACCUGCAGCAGCCCCAGGCAGAUGGUGGCUUUCCCUCCCCGCAUCCCAGCCGUGCUGGGGACCCUGAGGCUGUGGCCUGCAUCAAGGAGGAGAUGGAGGAUGACAGCCGGGCCAGUGAGACCACCAUGGCUGGUUGGUCAUCUGGAGGGGAACAGGCCACUGGAAGCCUCUGAAGUACAGAGGAAGGAGCUGCCACUGGUCCAGGUGAAGGCACCAUCCAGUGAUGGCACUGG